GCAUUGUCAGCGGGGGGUUCCAUAAAUGCGUCGAUGAGUGGCUGAUGAUGGCUCUGCAUUGCUGCAAACAUGCACGGAGGGGUAGACCCUGAGGCGUUACCAAAGUCGAAGAUCAGACUACAAAAGACACAUAUAUCUACUCCUCUCCUCCCCUUCACUUCUCAUUCCCAAUCUCUCAACUCUCAAUAACUUUUCAAACACUCUUCUCAAAACAAAAACAACCCUCUUCUAUAUAACUCAAAAUGUCUUUCCAUCUCUCCGCCGAAGAUAUCCGCAUCGAUGACAACCACAUCCUCAGAGCCCGUCUCAGAAACGAGAACGGUGACUGGGAAGAUGCUGAGAUCGAUCUCAACGAACACAUUGGAAACGAAGAUGGCAUGAUCCACUGGGACGGCGUUAACUUCUCCCACAGCGCUGAGAAUGUCACAUUCUCCAUUGAGGGAGGUGGACAAGUCCCAGUUCUCCGCACUUUCCUCCGCAGCAGAGACGGUGAAGAGUUCAGCCGUGAUGUCAACCUUGCUGAGCGCAUUGAGAACCACAACGGACGAUUUGUUUAUGUUUAAAUGUUAUAUGCUUUAGCUAGUGCAGUCUAAAGAAUGAGAAUAUCUUUUCAAGCGUUACAAAUAUUCGUUUUGGUGCAUCACAACAUUGCCUGCAUGAUUGAAAAGUCUUUCCUAUGUCUUCGUGCAUUGAUGAUCAUUGAAUCUUGACUCCUAUGUGAUUCUACGCGUCUUGAUUAUCCAAUGUUACACCUCAUGUUACCAAGUUCAAUCUACUUCUGCCAUUAGUUGUCAUCAUGAUAGGAUGAUUGAUAUCUUGGCGACAAAUUCUUCCUUUUUCAACACAUUGCAAGUGCUUUAUAGCAUCAAACUGGUCCUUUAUUAAAAUCUCAGUCAUGACCUCUUGCACACCGUAUAUGGUGCGAGGAAUACAUUACAAUCCUUA